AAACACAGUAGGAAAAUUGUUGUGUAUGCUGCUGAACGACAGGAUACUGGGAGUAUUGGAGAAGGAAUAUAGCAUCAGUGAGGGCCAGGCAGGUUUCCGAAAGAAGAGGGGGUGCGUAGACCACGUGUUCACGGUAGGGAGAAUCAUCCAAGGUAGAAAGAGGGCGGGAAAGCCGACGUACUGCUUCUUCCUGGACGUGAAAAAGGCAUACGACACCGUGUGGAGAAAUGGGUUGUGGAAACAACUGUCCAAAUACGGGAUCAAGGGGAAAAUGUGGAGAGUGCUGAAGAAGAUGACAGAGUGUACGAAAAGCGCGGUCAUGCUAGACGGAGAACUGUCUAAAUUCUUCGACAUUGAGCAGGGGGUCCCACAAGGUUGCACGCUGUCCCCAACAUUGUUCCAGGUGUUCAUCAACGAUCUGUUGGAAGUCGUAGAGGCAGUCCGGAAGGGAGUAAAAGUAGGGGACACGGAAACGUCGGUUUCAGGAAUGCUGUUUGCGGAUGAUUUUGUCGGUAUGUCGGACACCCCUGAGGGACUGCAACUGCAAAUUGACGCGGCGAAGAAGUUUACUGAUAAGUGGAGAUUGUCUACCAACGUUAAGAAGAGUGCCGUCAUGGUAUUCAACGAGAACAAGGAAAAACCAGCUGAACAUAGAUGGAAGUGGAGGAUCGAGGAGAUUGCAUUAGUGGACCAGUACACAAACCUCGGAGUAGAAAUCGCAAAAGAUUGCUCGUGGAAUACACCCAUGUCCAAGGUAGCGGAAAAGGGCAAAGCACGAGCAGGGAAGCUGCACCUAAUACUCGCAAACCGGCACCUUGAUACACGCAUCAAAUUGACGGGUUUGAAGAGCGAAAUCGUACCGCCGCUAGAGUACGCCGGCGAAGUAUGGGAAGGAAAUAAGAAGGUAGUGAAAGAACUCGAGGCGGCGCAGAUGAAAGCAGCGAAAACCAUCCUAGGAUGCUCCAGGCGCACAAGUAAUGCAGCCGUGAGGGCAGAAUUGGGGAUCCAAUCCCUACGGUCGGGAAGAGACGCGAGGAAGCUGACCUGGCAGUAUCGCAUGUGCGGGAUGGGAGAGGAGAGGUUGCCGAGAAUUGUAUGGGAGGCGAAGUGGGCAAACAAAAAGAGGGGUAGACAACCCACGGAAUGGGUCAAGGUUGUAGAGGACGUAUGGAAGGGGCUCGACAUCGACGAAGAUGAAACGCUGGAAACGGAGGGUCUACAGGGGUUCAAGGAGAAGAUAUCUGUUGCUUGUGCCGAGAGAGAAGAACAGAAUCUGAGGAAAGAAUCCAAGGAUAAGGAGGGUCUAGAAGUGUACGGAAUGUUGAAGGAAGGAGUAGGGUUCAAGCACUACCUACAUGGACCAAUGGAUGCAGGAACAAAGCUUAAGGUCAAAUUCAGGACCGGGGACAUAGGCCUUCGAGAACGUCGACGAAGACAUAGGACGGUAGACGACGAGGACGAUGAGUUCAAAUGUGAUUGCGGCUUCGAAUGCAAAGGCCGUGUUCAUGUAGUAGCGGAAUGUCCGUUGUACAAGAAGGAGAGGGGAGUGUACGUGACUGAGCUGGGAAAAUAGAUGGGACGUAACAGGGAGAUGUUUGAGGCAUGGAAUAGAGAGGAAAGGACGGUAGCUGUACUGGGGCAUAGGAGGUGGGUUGAAAAGGCGGGAAGGGAUAUCGUUAGGAUAGACAGACUAGGGAAGACAUUUUUGAGCCACCUUUGGCAAAGUAGAAAGGAACGAUUGGCCAUCGGUGAUCGGUCCUGUGGGAACAAUGCUCCGUCCUCUCGAGGACGCGUGGUCAAUGGUCUAACCGCUAAGGCAUGCAAAACAUGAGCGUACGCCCCCC